GUAAGAGGACAGACGGGUAGGGUUGGGGUUAGACGAGUAGGUAGGUGGAGUUCUUUGUUCCUUUACAAGGACUUGUGACUCGUCACUGGCAAUGCUGUCUGUCUACAUGAACAAGGGACUUGUGACUGGAUGACAUGGCGGCCUCCUUGAACAAUUCAACCACCCAUAUCCCAAGUGAGUUGUUCACCUGAAAUGGGAUCAUUUGGAAUGGAAUUGAGCCUAUACCUCCAUGUAAUGUUAUGUAAAUAAUGAUAUGUCUGAAACAGAUUAAGCACAUUGCUUUACAUCGUGUGACCUAUUUUGUGUGUGUGUGUGUGUGUGUGUGUGUGUGUGUGUGUGUGUGUGUGUGUGUGUGUACCUAAAGCCUCGUCUAGCAUGGACCUACCUCACUACCUCCUUAUCGGGGUGUUUCUACUCACCGUCCUGGUCUUCAUAGUGCUGGGGACUCUGUGGCUGAAAAAGUAAGACGGCUCACCUCAAUGGGUUUGUGAGAAAUGGUCUGUAUUCUACUACUAGGUUAAACAUUGCAGUUUGAAGUUAAGUGAGCUAGUAGGUCCUCUGAAAGCUGUAUAGACUUAGACUGUACAGAUUCAGAAAGGGCCAAGCACUGCAUCUACGACAACUGCAAAGUAACAACCCUCGGCAAUUUUGGAAUUAAAUGUAUAAACUGGGUCCAAAAAGAGUUACAAAAAUGUCCAUGGAAAUCAUACUGGAAAAUGGUGAACUUGAACAUUAGAAGAAUUGUGUUUUGGAUAACUGGGAGAAAGGUUAGCAAAAACCAAUUUUCAGGCAACAGUAUACCAUCUGUGUUUUGAUGAUGACUUAAAUUAUACUUGUAACUUAAAGAAUGGGUUGGAAAUUGAGAUGAAUAGGGCUGGAUACACCUCAAACUCAUUCCUGAAUGAAACAUUUACUAUGAAGGCUGCUGGGAAAAGCAACAAGGAGUAGAGGAGCUUCCAAAUGAAGUCCGAAAGUCUCCUAGUUGUUUUUCUAUUAAAACUCUUUAGGGGGAAGAUCAGCUUUAAUAUUACAGAUAGAUUGUAGCUUAAAUCAAUGUAAUUGUCUGCAUCAUUUCCAAUCCACAAUAUAUUUUUCUGUCAAUAUAUAUUUAUAUACCCGUACCAGUCAAAAGUUUGGACACACCUACUCAUUCUACGGUUUUUCUUUAUUUUUACUAUUUUCUACAUUGUAGAAUAAUAGUGAAGACAUCAAAACUAUGAAAUAACACAUAUGGAAUCAUGUAGUAACCAAAAAAGUGUUAAACAAAUCAAAAUAUAUUUUAUAUUUUUGAGAUUCUUCAAAGUAGCCACCAUUUGCCUUGAUGAGCUUUGCUCAACCAGCUUCAUGAGGUAGUCACCUGGAAUGCAUUUCAAUUAACAGGUGUGCCUUCUUAAAAGUUAAUUUGUGGAAUUUCUUUCUUAAUGCGUUUGAAUCAAUCAGUUGUGUUGUGACAAGGUAGGGGGGGGUAUACAGAAGAUAGCCCUAUUUGGUAAAAGACCAAGUCCAUAUUAUGGCAAGAACAGCUCAAAUAGGCAAAGAGAAACGAAACUCCAUCAUUGCUUGUGUUAUUUCAUAGUUUUGAUGUCUUCACUAUUAUUCUACAAUGUAAAAAAUUUUGAAAAUUAAAGAAAAACCCUUGAAUGAGUAGGUGUGUGUCAACUUUUGUCUGGUAGUGUAUAUACCUUCGGAAAGUAUUCAGACCCCUUGACUUUUUCCACAUUUUGUUACGUUACAGCCUUAUUCUAAAAUGGAUUAAAUAAAACAAAUUCCUCAGCAAUCUACACACAAUACCCCAUAAUGACAAAGCGAAAACAGGUUGUUAUAAAUGUUUGCACAUUUAUGUAAAGUAACCUAACCCUAAGGGUUAAGUACUCAGACCCUUUGCUAUGAGACUCGAAGUUGAGCUCAGGUGCAUCCUGUUUCCAUUGAUCAUCCUUGAGAUAUUUCUACAACUUGAUUGGAGUCCACCUGUGGUAAAUUCAAUUCAUUGGACAUGAUUUGGAAAGGCACACACCUGACAGUGCUCUAGAGUUCCUCUGUGGAGAUGGGAGAACCUUCCAGAAGGACAACCAUCUCUGCAGCACUCCACCCAUCAGGCCUUUAUGGUACAGUGGCCAGACGGAAGCCACUCCUCAGUAAAAGGCACAUGACAGCCCGCUUGGAGUUUGCCGAAAGGCACCUAAAGACUCUCAGACCAUGAGAAACAAGAUUCUCUGGUCUGAUGAAACCAAGAUUGAAGUCUUUGGCCUGAAUGCCAAGCGUCACGUCUGGAGGAAACCUGGCACCAUCCCUACGGUGAAGCAUUGUGGUGGCAGCAUCAUGCUGUGGGGAUGUUUUUCAGCGGCAGGGACUGGGAGACUAGUCAGGAUUGAGGAAAAGAUUAACGGGGCAAAGUACAGAUAGAUCCUUGAUGAAAACCUGCUCCAGAGUGCUCAGGACCUCAGACUGGGGCGAAGGUUCACCUUCCAACAGGACAAUGACUCUAAGCCAAGACAACGCAGGAGUGGCUUCGGGACAAGUCUCUGAAUGUCCUUGAGUGGCCCAGCCAGAGCCCGGACUUGAACCCGAUCGAACAUCUCUGGAGAGACCUGAAAAUAGCUGUGCAGCAACGCUCCCAAUCCAACCUGACAGAGCGUGAGAGGAUCUGCAGAGAAGAAUGGGAGAAACUCCCCAAAUACAGGUGUGCCAAGCUUGUAGCGUCAUACCCAAGAAGACUCGAUGCUGUAAUCGCUGCCAAAGGUGCUUCAACAAAGUACUGAGUAAAGGGUCGGAAUACUUAUGUAAAUGUUUUUUUUUAUAUAAAUGUGCAAACAACGUGCAAACAUUUCUAAAAACCAGUUUUUGCUUUGUCAUUAUGGGGUAUUGUGUGUAGAUUGAUGAGGGGAAACAACAAUGUAAUACAUUUUAGAAUAAGGCUGUAACCUAACAAAAUGUGGAAAAUGUCAAGGGGUCUGAAUACUUUCCGAAUGCACUGUACUACAUAGUAUAUUUUCUGUCAGCCAUUCCCAUAUGGACCAUCCAUUCGUAGAACAUCCUCCCUUUUGCCUGUUGUCAGGUAUCGUUCCUUGGAGCGGAUCAUUCGGGACCUGCGAGGAGGAAGGCCUCUGGGAAAUGUAGUUUCCACUCCAGACUCCCCGGUUCUCUCGCCUGCUUCCCCUUGCCCCGUUACCUUCACAGAGAGACUGGGGAAAGAGGACCCUGAGGAGCAGACACCACUACAAGGAAACAAGACCAGGUCUGUCACUACCAGACUGCCAUGGAGGCCGCUACAACAGGUACGCAUACAUAUUCUACACACACACACACACACACACACACACACACACACACACACACACACAUAGGACUAUACACACGUGCAAGCACACACACACACACGCAGGCACACACACACACAGACAGGAUCUACAGACAGUGUACAUGGAUGAUGUACAGUAGGUAAUAACCAGAUUUUAUAUCAGAGGAGGCUGGUGGGAGGGGCUCAUUGUAAUGGCUGGAAUGGAAUAAAUGGAACGGUAUCAAACACAUGGAAACCAUGGAAACCACACGUUUUCUCUGUUCCACUGAUUCCAUUCCAGCCAUUACAAUGAGCCCGUCCUCCUAUAGCUUCUCCCCCCAGCCUCCACUGUUGUAUGCAGUUUAAAAAUCAUACAAAGUUGAGUAAGUCGAUGUGAUUAUCUCCAGGGUCCCCGCUUCACCAAGUCAGACCUCAGUCUGCUGCAGCUCAUCAAGGCAGGGAAGGAGGGAGCCUUCUACAAGGCCAGGAUGACACGGGGAACCUGCAAGGGCCACGGCAUGUUCACCUGCAAGAUCACCAAAGAGGGUACAGUAGGCUAGGCAACCACCAGAUCACCAAAGAGGGUAUGCUAGGCUAGGCUAGGCUACCACCAGAUUACCAAAGAGGCUAUGCUAGGUAGGCUAGGCUACCACCAGAUCACCAAAGAGGGUAUGCUAGGCUAGGCUACCACCAGAUUACCAAAGAGGCUAUGCUAGGCUACCACCAGAUUACCAAAGAGGUACAGAGGCUAGUACCACCAGAUCACCAACGGGUUAAUGCUAGGCUACCACAGAUCACCAAAGAGGUAUGUAGGCUAGGUAGGAUACCAUAGGCUACCACCAGAUCACCAAAGAGGGUAUGCUAGGCUACCACCAGAUUACCAAAGAGGCUAUGCUAGGCUAGGCUACGCUACCACCAGUACACUCCUCAACCACUGAUAAACAGUUGAUAAUCUUAUACCCAUAAUGAUCAGAGAUUAAAUGUCCAUUGAGACUGAGGAAGCAAUGAGACACUGCUUUAGUGAGGUGAAAGGUCACAAAGGUUGCAUCCCAAAUGGCAGCCUAUUCCCCAGUGCUCUAUAUUAUGGGUCCUGGUCAAAAAUAGUGCACUGUAUAAGGAAUUAUUUUUAUUGAUUUUUUGUCAGUUAGUAUAUAUUAGUUAGUAUAUAUAUAUACAGUGGGGAGAACAAGUAUUUGAUACACUGCCGAUUUUGCAGGUUUUCCUACUUACAAAGCAUGUAGAGGUCUGUCAUUUUUAUCAUAGGUACACUUCAACUGUGAGAGACGGAAUCCAAAACAAAAAUCCAGAAAAUCACAUUGUAUGAUUUUUAAGUAAUUCAUUUGCAUUUUAUUGCAUGACAUAAGUAUUUGAUCACCAACCAACCAGUAAGAAUUCCGGCUCUCACAGACCUGUUAGUUUUUCUUUAAGAAGCCCUCCUGUUCUCCACUCAUUACCUGUAUUAACUGCACCUGUUUGAACUUGUUACCUGUAUAAAAGACACCUGUCCACACACUCAAUCAAACAGACUCCAACCUCUCCACAAUGGCCAAGACCAGAGAGCUGUGUAAGGACAUCAGGGAUAAAUUGUAGACCUGCACAAGGCUGGGAUGGGCUAUAGGACAAUAGGCAAGCAGCUUGGUGAGAAGGCAACAACUGUUGGCGCAAUUAUUAGAAAAUGGAAGAAGUUCAAGAUGACGGUCAAUCAACCUCGGUCUGGGGCUCCAUGCAAGAUCUCACCUCGUGGGGCAUCAAUGAUCAUGAGGAAGGUGAGGGAUCAGCCCAGAACUACACGGCAGGACCUGGUCAAUGACCUGAAGAGAGCUGGGACCACAGUCUCAAAGAAAACCAUUAGUAACACACUACGGCGUCAUGGAUAAAAAAUUCUGCAGCGCACGCAAGGUCCCCCUGCUCAAGCCAGCGCAUGUCCAGGCCCGUCUGGUUUGCCAAUGACCAUCUGGAUGAUCCAGAGGAGGAAUGGGAGAAGGUCAUGUGGUCUGAUGAGACAAAAAUAUAGCUUUUUGGUCUAAACUCCACUCGCCGUGUUUGGAGGAAGAAGAAGGAUGAGUACAACCCCAAGAACACCAUCCCAACCGUGAAGCAUGGAGGUGGAAACAUCAUUCUUUGGGGAUGCUUUUCUGCAAAGGGGACAGGACGACUGCACCGUAUUGAGGGGAGGAUGGAUGGGGCCAUGUAUCGUGAGAUCUUGGCCAACAACCUCCUUCCCUCAGUAAGAGCAUUGAAGAUGGGUCGUGGCUGGGUCUUCCAGCAUGACAACGACCCGAAACACACAGCCAGGGCAACUAAGGAGUGGCUCCGUAAGAAGCAUCUCAAGGUCCUGGAGUGGCCUAGCCAGUCUCCAGACCUGAACCCAAUAGAAAAUCUUUGGAGGGAGCUGAAAGUCUGUAUUGCCCAGCGACAGCCCCGAAAACCUGAAGGAUCUGGAGAAGGUCUGUAUGGAGGAGUGGGCCAAAAUCCCUGCUGCAGUGUGUGCAAACCUGGUCAAGACCUACAGGAAACGUAUGAUCUCUGUAAUUGCAAACAAAGGUUUCUGUACCAAAUAUUAAGUUCUGCUUUUCUGAUGUAUCAAAUACUUAUGUCAUGCAAUAAAAUGCAAAUGAAUUACUUAAAAAUCAUACAAUGUGAUUUUCUGGAUUUUCGUUUUAGAUUCCGUCUCUCACAGUUGAAGUGUACCUAUGAUAAAAAAAUUACAGACCUCUACAUGCUUUGUAAGUAGGAAAACCUGCAAAAUCGGCAGUGUAUCAAAUACUUGUUCUCCCCACUGUAUAUAUAAAUAUAUAUAUAUAUUUUUUCAUACUGGCCCCCCUGGGGAAUCGAACCCACAACCCUGGCGUGCCUACCAACUGAGCUACAUCCCUGCCGCAUUCCUCCCUACCUGGACCAAUUGUCGCCGCCCGUGGUUUCCGGUCGCGGCAGGCUACGACAGAGCCUGGAUUCGAACCAGGAUCUCUAGUGGCACAGCUAGUACUGCGAUGCAGUGCCUUAGACCACUGCGCCACUCGGGAGUAGUAGUAGUAAUAAUAAUAAUAAUAAUAACAAUAAUAAUAAUAAUAAUAAUAUUAUUAUUAUUAUUAUUAUUAUUUGGUGGGUGCUUAUAUUUGUCCUAUUUCACACAUGUACAAGUGUAUAUUAAUACGCAUGUGUGAAUUGGAAGUGUGUUUUUGCAUAUCCCAACUCUCCCAGAGACACCCUCGGAGAGUGGGGCCAGGGUCUGUAUAGGGAAUAGCGUGCUAUUUGGAACGUCACAAAGAGCCAGGGCUGGACGCUGACCUUUUACAAGAAGAACAUGUGCGCCUAAUUUGAGAAAUGUAGGUGCACACAAAUGCAUUUAGGGGCACAAUUAAAAAUAUUUGAGGUAUUAAAGCUAGAAUCCUUAAUUGUUCUAUGCACACUGGUGCUCCUAAAUUAAAAUUCCAGGUCGCACAGCAAGAUAUUUUGGGGCAUAUGCGAGUCAAAUGGUGGCACUGUAGAACCCUGAGAGUUCAAUCUGUUUUUCACUAAUAGCAUCCAUUUUGUCCUGUAGGUGUGACCCCUAAGCAUGUGGAGAUGGAGGUAUCCAUCAUGAGGAAGCUGGUGCACCACAAUAAUGUUCUCCAGCUGCUGGACUGGAACUCCACUGAGGGUAAGGACAGACACCACCUCCAUCUGCUGGACUGGAACACCACUAAGGGUAAGGACAGACACCACCUCCGGCUGCUGGACUGGAACACCACUGAGGGUAAGGACAGACACCACCUCCGGCUGCUGGACUGGAACUCCACUGAGGGUAAGGACAGACACCACCUCCGGCUGCUGGACUGGAACACCACUGAGGGUAAGGACAGACACCACCUCCGGCUGCUGGACUGGAACUCCACUGAGGGUAAGGACAGACACCACCUCCGGCUGCUGGACUGGAACUCCACUGAGGGUAAGGACAGACACCACCUCCGGCUGCUGGACUGGAAACUCACUGAGGGUAAGGACAGACACCACCUCCGGCUGCUGGACUGGAACACCACUGAGGGUAAGGACAGACACCACCUCCGGCUGCUGGACUGGAACUCCACUGAGGGUAAGGACAGACACCACCUCCGGCUGCUGGAUUGGAACACCACUGAGGGUAAGGACAGACACCACCUCCGGCUGCUGGACUGGAACACCACUGAGGGUAAGGACAGACACCACCUCUGGCUGCUGGACUGGAACUCCACUGAGGGUAAGGACAGACACCACCUCCGGCUGCUGGACUGGAAACACCACUGAGGGUAAGGACAGACACCACCUCCGGCUGCUGGACUGGAACUCCACUGAGGGUAAGGACAGACACCACCUCCGGCUGCUGGACUGGAACACCACUGAGGGUAAGGACAGACACCAUCUCCGGCUGCUGGACUGGAACACCACUGAGGGUAAGGACAGACACCAUCUCCGGCUGCUGGACUGGAACACCACUGAGGGUAAGGACAGACACCACCUCCGGCUGCUGGACUGGAACACCACUGAGGGUAAGGACAGACACCACCUCCGGCUGCUGGACUGGAACUCCACUGAGGGUAAGGACAGACACCACCUCCGGCUGCUGGACUGGAACUCCACUGAGGGUAAGGACAGACACCACCUCCGGCUGCUGGACUGGAACUCCACUGAGGGUAAGGACAGACACCACCUCCGGCUGCUGGACUGGAACUCCACUGAGGGUAAGGACAGACACCACCUCCGGCUGCUGGAUUGGAACACCACUGAGGGUAAGGACAGACACCACCUCCGGCUGCUGGACUGGAACACCACUGAGGGUAAGGACAGACACCACCUCCGGCUGCUGGACUGGAACACCAUGAGGGUAAGGACAGACACACCUCCGGCUGCUGGACUGGAACUACCACUGAGGGUAAGGACAGACACCACCUCCGGCUUGCUGGACUGGAAACUCCACUGAGGGUAAGGACAGACACCACCUCCGGCUGCUGGACGGAACUCCACUGAGGGUAAGGACAGACACCACCUCCGGCUGCUGGACUGGAACACCACUGAGGGUAAGGACAGGGACACCACCUGCCGGCUGCUGGACUGGAACACCACUGAGGGUAAGGACAGACACCACCUCCGGCUGCUGGACUGGAACUCCACUGAGGGUAAGGACAGACACCACCUCCGGCUGCUGGACUGGAACUCCACUGAGGGUAAGGACAGACACCACCUCCGGCUGCUGGACUGGAAACACCACUGAGGGUAAGGACAGACACCACACUCGGCUUGCUGGACUGGAACUCCACUGAGGGUAAGACAGACACCACCUCCGGCUGCUGGAUUGGAACACCACUGAGGGUAAGGACAGACACCACCUCCGCUGCUGGACUGGAACACCACUGAGGGUAAGGACAGACAGACAACCACCUCCCCGGCUGCUGGACUGGAACCACCACUGAGGGUAAUGGGACAGGACACCACCUACCGGCUGCUGGACUGAACCCACUGAGGGUAAGGACAGACACCACCUCCGGCUGCUGGACUGGAACUCCACUGAGGGUAAGGAGGGAAAACGAGCCGCAUGCUGAUUCAGGGUUGCGGCCCAAAUGACACCCUACUUUUAUAGUGUACUAUUUUUGACCACUCUAUGUGUCUGCAUUAUUUACAUUGUCUGUCUCCAUAUAGAAUAGAAAAAGUGGCUCCUUAUCUAUAAUAUAUUUCCUACAACUACUGCAAGCUGAAUUCUAAUGGUAGUGUGUGUGUGUGUGUGUGUGUGUUGUGUGUGUGUGUGUGGUGUGUGUGUGUGUGUGUGUGUGUGUGUGUGUUUGUGCCUGUGUGUGUCCUCCCAGAACCCUAUGUGUUGAUCAUGGAGUUUGUGAGCUAUGGAACCCUGCGGAGCUUCCUUCAGACCAACAGAGACAAGCUGGCCAAUGACCCUGAGCUACAGAGCCUGCUCACCAUUGCAUCCUAUCACAUCGCACUGGCCAUGGAACACCUCCGAUCCAAAAUGGUACCCAGUUUCCUCCUCCUCCCACACAUUCCUUAUGACACCAACUGCCACUGGCAUUACUGGUCUUGGACCUGUCCUUACUCAGACAGACAGACAGACAGUAACUGUUCUGGGAUCUGUGUUGUGUUUCAGGUGGUGCACUGUGACCUGGCCCUCAGGAACAUCAUGGUGAGCAGGUUUCCCUGGGAGGUAAAGGUGUCAGAGUUUGGUCUGGCCAGAGACCUGACCCGCAUGAGGAGCCGACGCAGCAGCCGCAGGAAACACCCACAGGUCUGUCACACACACACACACACACACACACACACACACACACACACACACACACACACACACACACACACACACACACACACACACAGGGUUCAGUCACACACACACACACACACACACACACACACACACAGGGUUCAGUCACACACACACACACACACACACAGGGUUCAGUCACACGCACACAUGCUGACAGAAACCACAUGAAACACCUAUGGGUCAGAUGACUUCAUACUGUGGCAAAUUCGGGGGGUAGUCCAGUCACAGGGAUAUUGACAAUGCUUUUUAGGACAGGAUUAGGCUUAAUCUGUCGCAGGAAACUGGCCCUAAACGUGAUGAUGGUCUUGGUGUGAGUUUUAAAGGGUAACUGUUUCCAAUGUACGGUUACGUGUGUAGGAACGUGUGCCCCUACGCUGGUACCCCCCUGAGUACUUCAGAAUCAACUAUUACAGCUUCAAGGGGGAUGUGUGGGCGUUUGGCAUCGUGCUGUGGGAGAUGCAGACAUUUGGUGAGUUUUGUGUUCAUAAACAAUGGAAACAAAAUGUCUGCCAUCAUUUACAAGCCUGUAUAGGUGGCUGCCCAGUGCGCAUAAUGAUGACAGGACUGAGAUUGUAUUCAUCUAACCCUUUAUUUACCCAGAUAAGUAAAUUAGAACAAAUUCUAAAUUCGAUGUGAUUAUAACACCUUGGACAUUACAACAGUGGGUGCUUGUGGUUUGGCAGGCACCUUACCGUACCCUGAACCUGGAGACGCCAGAGGCCGUGGUCUAUCACAUCUGUGCCGGUCACAAGAACAAAGACCCCGAGGGCUGCAGGCCAGAGAUGUGAGUGACCGUGACAUCAUUGGUAGUGUUGUGGUUACCGCAGCGACAGUGCCAUGUUCAGUAGGGCACAAUGUAGCAAAACAAAAAUCUGUGUUCUUAUUGGACAAGUUCAGGUAGGACCUCUUUGUUUAAAAUAAUGUCUCCUUCCUGAACACAACCCAGGCAUGCACAAAGCCCCUCUGUGGAAUACUGGAUGAAGCUUUUAGGUUGAAAGUAUUCUAGGGGCUUCGUCACAAAUGGCUCCCAAUUCAUUAUUUAGUGCACUACUUUUGAACAGAAGCCCUAUGGAUGCAGUCCUAGCUCUCCCUCUCCCUCUCGCUCUCGCUCCCUCUCAGACUGCAGAUAAUGCGAGACUGCUGGAUGGAACCCUACACUUCCAGGCCGUCCUUCACAGACAUAGUGAGAAUCCUGGAGGACGUCAUGGAUAAUGAUUCAGUGAGCCAUCUUCCAUCCACCUCUUCUUCUUCCUCUGUGGAGUUCUAUGACAGUUGGAAUAGAAUCUCUUCUGUGGAGUUCUAUGACAGUUGGAAUAGAAUCUCUUCUGUGGAGUUCUAUGACAGUUGGAAUAGAAUCUCUUCUGUGGAGUUCUAUGACAGUUGGAAUAUAAUCUUCUGUGGAGUUCUAUGACAGUUGGAAUAGAAUCUUCUGUGGAGUUCUAUGACAGUUGGAAUAGAAUCUUCUAGGAUUUUGGAUUCGUCUAUAGCAGUGGUCACCAACCUUUUUUGAGACGAGAUCACUUUCAGAAUUUUUUUUAACAUUACUUAAAAAAACAUAUCCCUGUGCAACAUUAACCUAUUAAAACAGUUCUGUAGUAAUGAGGUUUGUGCAGUAGGCUAUAGGCCCAAACAAUUAUCACCGUAUAUUGGCUUUGCUUGAAUUUCCCUGACAAUGUUGUUCUUCUCAGACCAUUUUUGAGGUCGGCUAUGAUCACACCGGAAUAGUGAUCAGAGUGAGCAUGAAUUUAAACAAUUUGCUUUUUUUUUAUUUUACUGGGCUGAUGGUGCCUGCAUCCGAUGGUCAGUUCAGCAGAGGGAGAGAACAGUCAGACUAGGGUCGCUCUCAACAUCCUCGCUCUGCCUCUCAACUCCCUCCGCUCUGACCAUUCAACAUCCCUCUCUCCGCUCUCACACCUCCCUCUCCCUCCGCUCCUCUGCAGCCCUCCGCUCCUCCGCUCUUGCGGCCUCCGCAUCCCGCCUCUCGAGCCUCGCUCCUCCGCCUCUCUGGCCCUCCGCUCCUCGACUCUCUGCAGCCCUCCGUCCCCUCUCCUUUUCUGCAUGCCGAUCUGCUCGAUCACCCUCUUUUGAGCCCUCCGUCCUCCGCUAACUUCUGGAGCUCCUUGCACUGCUCUCUCUCGGCCAUCCUCCAUUCGCCUAUCUUCAGCCCUCUCGAUUCCCCUCAUCUGGUCCCACCCUUCCGAUCCUUCAACAUCUCUUCCACUCUUAACGCCCUCUGCAGCCCUCCGCUCCAUCACCCUAUCAGCCCUCCGCUCCUCCGCCUCUCUGGCCCUCCGUCCUCCGCCCUACUGCAGCCUCCGCUCUCUUCGCUUGCUCAAUCCCUCGCUUCGCUUCUCUGCAGCCCUUCGGUCUCGCUCUGCUCGCACGCUCAUAUCAGCUGCGCCUCUC